AUGCUCAUUCGCUACCGAGCCAACGAGCACGGACUGGAGAAGCAGCGAGGGGCGAAGCGCUUAAAAGCAGACGAAGCUUCUGAUGGCGAAGCGGGUGCUGCAGCCGACGUCGCUGGUGGUGCGGAGGAGGAGGAGGAGCAGGGGCAGGAGGGCUUCUCCUUCCGUGUGUGCGACUCGCUGCUCAACAUCGGCCCCAUCCGAGACCUCGUGCCCGUCCCAGCAUUCCCCACGCCCACUUCCCAGCAUCAACAGCAGCAGCAACAGGAAGUGGGAAAGCUGCAGAUGCUAGUGGCGUGCAGUGGGCAUGGGAAGAACGGUGCGCUGUCGGUGCUGCUGCAGCGAGUGCCACUGGACGUGCUCACACAGGUACGCCCAGCCCACUCCCCAGAAGGAACAGCAACAGCAGCAGCAGCAUCAGAUGCUGGUGGCGUGCAGUGGGCAUGGGAAGAAUGGCGCUCUGUCGGUGCUGCUGCAGCGAGUGCCACUGGACGUGCUAACACAGCCAGGGAGGGAGGAGAAGAUGGGCAGGCAGCAGCAGGCGGGGCAGGAGGGACAGCCGUAGAGGGGGAGGGAGCAGGAAAGGGAGGUAUAGGAGGGGUUGAGGGCGGUGAGCAGGGGUGUAGAGCAGGUGCUAUGGAGGUGGAGGGAGGGAGUGGGGUGGGGGGUGGAGAAGGUGGGAAGGGAGAUAGAGGCAGCAGUUACCAUGGGUUCCUUGUGCUGGCGUUUGAAGGGCAAAGCAUGGUGCUAGAAACAGUCCUAGAAACAGGUGAGUUGCUUCGGGAGGUCGCAGCAAAGGGCAGCUUUAUCACCGAUGCCCCCACCCUCCUGGCCGGCAAUCUCUUCUCGCGCCCCUCUCUUUCCUGCCCCUCCUGCCCCUUUCCCCCUCUCAUGUACUUCUCUCCCUCAGGUGCUGGAGACAGGUGA